AUGGAAUACUGGAAAGAUCAACCUGGAAUUGGAGUUAAUAUUAUUGACAAAUUACUGAACUAUACAAUUCUUAGUCCACAAAGUGUGGUUCAAUGGGCACUUGGCAGCGAGGGUAAGAAAUUGAGCCAGGCCUUUGUUUACGAAAUGGUCAGUGCAACUGUAGGAAAGGUUACAGGCCGAAUUCGUCAAGUCCAAUUAAGUCUUCGCGUCCCAGGACUCUUGGAAGAACAAAAAGCCCUGAUUAACCAAACGGUUGAAAUGGAAAGAGUCAAUAUGCGUGAAUUAGGACAAGAAAUGGAUGAUCUUCUUAGUUCAUGGGCAAAUGGAUUGAAGGAUCAAAUGAUAGAUGCGGAUGGAAAUGGAAUGGUGGGUGACGAUGAAUUGGUUAGAGCUUGGGGUGAGAGAUGGUUGAGAGUCUUUAGGAGAAAGUUUGCGGUUGAGGAGGCGUGGGGAACGGAAGCGAGUAGGUGGGUUAUGCCAGAACCAGAGGUGGAGGAGGUGGAGAUGAAUGUCUUUGCUGGUGAAGGAGAUGCACUUGCGGAGGCAGCGGUAAAGAAUCCCGAGGAAAUGAGAAUUGAUGGAGAGGGUGUAGGUGCUGAGGAUUAUGAGGGAAUUGAUUAG